AUGACCACGCACCAGCGUCUAUCGAUUAUCUCCUGCCCCACGCUGCCUGCUCUCUGCCCACUACUCCUCGCGCUCUCCUCUUCCGAGGAAACCGCUCUCGCUCUUGAUGUCCUCCUGGAUAUCAUGUCGUUUUGUGACGACACUACCGUCUGCCGCCUCAUCCAAGCCGACAAAUCACUUCAUCGUGAGGGAGCUAAGCAACUUCUCUCCCACGAUCUCAUCACGAUCUCCACCGAAGACGCCCUCGAUUCCUUGAUCCAUUUCCUAGCUUCUCGAGGCGGUUAUCGACUCGUAUUUCUUCGAGGACUUGGUCUCAACAUCAGCUAUGUUGGCACGCCCAUAUCUCGCCGCUUCGACAUGCUUCUCAGAAGACACUCCAAUCACGUCCGCCUUCAGAGGAUAGACAUCGCCUACCUCGAAGCACUUGAGCGUACUUCCCCUAGUAUCAUCCUCCCCCUUUGCCGCCUAAAGACCCUCGAAACGGCCCGUUUCAACGGAGCUGGCUUCCCAAUAACCUCAAGUCUCCUCUCUAUCUUUCACUCCAAUCUAACGACAAUUCAUAUCGAAUGGGGGUCAGUCGGUGACGUCCUCGACAACCCUGACUUUGAUCCCUCGGAUGAAUACGACUUCCGCAACCCCAUACUCACUCUACACAUCUAUCUGCACACGCUUCAGCAUUUGACAGCCGUGAACGCAGUGUUCCAGUUCAAGGGCAACAGUUCCCCCGUCUACGCCGACGUUUACCCCCAUCUAACGCAUCUCACCCUCACCAACGUCAACGCCCCGAUCACCGCCGCCCUCGCGCGCGCAUACCCAAACCUCACCGACCUCACGAUCACCCUCCACCCCUACCUCUCCGACGACCCCCAGGAUUCGUACAUCCUGCACGAGAUCAACUCCGAGCGCCAAGCCGCGCACGGCUCCUGGACCGCCCUGGACUCAGUCACCGCGCCCUUCCGCGACCUCUACAUGCUCGCGAUCCCGUGCCCCGUCCGCGCGGUCCUCAUCACCGGCCCGCAAGAGAUCUGCUUCCACGUCCUGCGCGCGGUGCUCGAGCCCGCACGCCCGCGCCACCUCGCCUUCCUCCACUUCGACGGCGGGAUCUUCUCGGAGUACAUGGGGCACGUGCUGCAGGAGCCGCUCGCGGCGGGGGUCGAGACCCUCGAGCUGCACUUCGACUUGUCCGGGCGCGUCCUCGACGCGGACGGGGCCGAGAUCGGGGCCGAGGAGAUGGUCGACGGCUGGGUGGACGCGAUCGCGGAGCUGCCCAAGCUGAGCACGCUGUCCAUCACGGUCAAAUGGUGCUCUGCGGAGAAAGCCGGAGAGGGGACGACAAGAAGCCCUUCGGAGGAGUAUUUCUUUAUGCUCGACCUGGAAGACCUCGCCGAGGAGUUGUGCGACAGGAUCCCCACGCUGAAGACGCUCGCGCUCGCGAUGAGCGGGCUUCCCGGGCGCCUGCCAGCCUCGGUGUCACUGGCGCGCGAGUAG